CACAAGUGUGGUCCUGGAAUAGCCUCCAUGGGGCAUGACUCGUGACUUUGCUCAAGCGACAUGACCUCUACCGGUCCCGUUCCCUUUCUGUUGUUGUCAUCACAUUGUGAAACAAAGGAGAUGCUUGAUUCAAUCUCCCAGCUGAAAAAUCGCGGAAGCGGCCCUCGCUAGUCAAGCCGUCAUGGAGAACUUUAGGACGACGGUGGAAAUCUCCGUUUGAUGCCAUCUGGGGUAAGAAUCUAACCUGUUCUACCAUAUCGACUUCCACCACGCGAAUCUAGACUUCCAAGGUUCGUGACUGGUUUCCACACCGCACACGUUCGUUACCACAGCCAGACUUCGCUUCUCAAGGCCGACGCAGGGCGUUGGCGCCUCCAGUAUCACACGCUAUGGAUCGACCGGCUCGAUUUGACAAUGGGGGCAGUUGGAUCCAUGACGGCUCAGAAUCAGCAUCGCAGGGGAGCUCCGACAUGGUCGACUCGAGGCCAUCCAAGGCGCCGGUAAAUUCUCCAUUUGAGACGAUACAACUCGACAAAAUGGAUGACCGCCCAAGAUUCUCUCAGAGACAUGAGUCCAGGGGAGCACCCACGCGGAAGUCUACCGUGGAGUUCGCGGACUGGUCCAACAACACGCGCACGUUCAACUCCCACGGAUACUUCCCGACGCGGACUAGCACGGUCGACUCAAUGGAGUGGCUUGAUAGGAAGAAUGGCGAAGACUACCCGGACUGGCGCCAGAGAACAACACCCAUGGCAGAAACACCAAAGGAAUGGCCAACUGUGACUGUCGAAAAGAUACCAAGCCCUGACUACAACGAUGUUCGACCGCGAGAGCCGGAAUCACAGUUUAAGCAAAACUUUCUCCACCCACCUACGCCCUCUCGCGAAAGCAUUAUGGGCGCAUUUUCGACAGACGGCCGCGACAACGAUGACACCAUCUCAUUACGAUCCCGCCGGUUAAGUGUCAACAUGGAUCAGAGCAGUCGUUUUGGCUGGUGGACGUUGUGUCUUCUCCUGUUGGCACUGAUCAUGGUAGUUCUGGCUGGUUUGUAUUCAACGGGUUCGGCCAAGCUCCUGAUGAAGGAUAGAUUCUUCACGACCUCUUCUGCCAACGCAAUCUUGAUUCUGCGAGUACUCACCGAGGCGUGUGCUCUUAUGAUGGCGGCCCUCGUCGUGGUAGUUGUGGAAGAUCUGCAGUGGGCCCUGGCAUCGCGCCCAGAAGGAGUCAGCCUAUUGCAUUUUGUGGGAAUGGACUCGGGCACAGGUGUCUGGGGUCUACUGCGCCUGCUGGCUACGGCUGACUGGAAGGAGAAAUACUCCAGCCUCUUCCGCCUCAUUGUCAUUUGCACCAUUCCGCUGCCGGGUAUCAUCCUGAUGGGCGAUAUAGCCAUCGAGCUCGUCUUCUUUCCGCAGGAGACUUACCCUGUCUCCGCAGGCAUUGGCAAUUUCAACGCCUCUUACAUUAACCAGAUUGACCCCGUCUCGUUGACGGCGCUACUCGUCCAGAUGGGCACUCCGGCAUGGUCAGACCGAGACUCGUUUACCAUGGAUCCUCUUGGCCCCGGGGAGGGCCUCUGCACAAAGUCAGCCACCGACAACAGCUGGGCGCCCUGUGCAGAGUCGCAUUUAUUGACUGGCGGCAUCGUCAGCAUCUCUCCACAGAGCGACGACCUCGCCAAGUUCCCGGAGUCCACAGCGUACGUGGUCCCUAGGACACGCCUCUUGCAUCUCGAGUAUGGCGUAGUACACGACUGUAAGACCCUAUUCGAAGAGGGCCACUGCUACCUUAUCGGUACCGCGGCGGCAGCUUCCUACUGGUGUGCUUCCGCGGGACCGUUCAAUGAGUUACUCUUCGGGUCUGCUUACUGCCCACUGGCCAUCCAAGCCAAGAAAACAUGCCUCGAGGACAGCUCAUGGUGGAGCCCACUGGUGAUGGCGUCGUCCCUCAUGGUCUACGACCGCUACGGCACAGUGAACUACGACCGCGGCAACUUCUCCAUCCUGUCCGUCACAGACCUGACCAAACCAGUCCAAAAAGUCAUCAGGCUCGAAGAGUACAUGCUCGCCUUGUCUGCGGUGGUCCCCGGCUUCAAGCCGAAGACGACGAACGACGGCAACAGCACCGACAACGCCAACUCGGACUCAAAACCCGCAAUGAAGGGCGACAACUCGGCCCUCGCCGUCUACGCCGUCACCGCGCUGCCCAUCAACGACAACGAGGUCGCCAAGAAGCUCUCGCUCAAGGCGAUCCGCAAGGCCAUGAGCGUGCCCUUCAACUACUUCCACGAGAACUACUUCUCGCGGCCCUCCAUCUUCGAGCUGGAGAAGCCCCGCGCGGGCCUCAGCGCCGACAUGUACACGAACCUGUCGCUCGCCAUCAUGAGCCACCAGGUCAUCGCGGGCCCCACCUCGCGCUGGCUGUUCGGGUUGAUCUCGGGCAUGCUCCUCACCCUCUGCGCCGCCAUCAUCAUCGCCACGGCCCGCGUCUGCAAGCGGCGGCCCCAGAGGUGCGGGUACCCCACGCUCGACUUCGCCGCCGUGUGCGCCGUCAAGGGCGGGAUCCCCCGGCCGCCGAGCAACGACGAGGCCGACGGGCACCACGGCCUGCACCGGAGCCUGACGCAGCUCGGGCAGCAGCCUGCUGCGUUCCAGGUUGCUAGUAAGAUCAAGGGGGAGAGGGUCGUGCUCGGGCGGUAGGGCGGCGGUGACGUGCAAGGGGUGCUAGAUUUCGG